GAGAGAUUGCAUUUGGUAUGGAAGUGGUGGAUUUCUAAAAUUAUCCUGUUUAUGUAAGUGGCACUUCCAUGGCCAGCGGGUCUGCACCUGCGAGCAGCAGGUCACUGAGCGAGAUAAAACAACUAAAAUAUCGGUGUUUCAAACGGAUCCGUGGACUACGUGGCACAGUGUGGAUCGGUUCAAAUAAAAUUGUCUCAAAAAGUCUCAUCUUGUACUGAAACAAUGUAGAGCUAUUGAGUCAAAUACACCAUAAUAACAAAGACAUGAAGUACUUAGCGGUCUUCCCAGGCCUCCGCUGAGGAUUCUAUAUUCUUGUCAUAAAUAUUCAAUUUCCAAAUCACAUUUACACGAAGUGUUGCCGCUAGCAACCCGCGGACGGCAUAAUGGCGCUAGUAAACUAUUCAAUCACACGGUUUUGAAUAGCCACUUUUUGUGGCAACAAAUGUGAAGAUACCAUUGAUGCCAUGACGAUACAAGUGGAAUUGGAUCAACUUCUGAAUCUUGCUCUAGGUACUCCUGAACGGGGAGCUGUGAACUUUAAUAUACUUCAUGGAGUACUGCGAGAGAUUCUUAAUCAUCUAGGAAUUGAAAAGAAGGCCAAGGAUAUUGGUGACGAUGGGAAUUUUAGAGCAGCGUAUGCACUGCUCAAGAGCAAACAGGAUAGUUCUCAAGGAGUUGAAAAUGAUGGCGAUGUCGAACGUUUUCCUGCGGAGAGAGUCACGAGUGAUAAAAUACCUUUCUCUGCUGCCUCAUUUUCUGAACCAGUUCAUGGUAAUUUGGAAUCUAAGGUAGCGAAUAUCGAGAAAAGGUUGGACAUAUUAGACGAUUUGCCUAGUAACAGCGAAAUACUCCAACGUGCCAAGCAAAAAAAGGAUGGCAGAACCCCUGUUGGUGAUAUGUGGCAAUUCAUAAACAUAAAUCGACGACUUGGUGCUACGGAAACGGGCAUUGAGAAGAUCACAACCCUAUUAGACACAAUGAUGAAGGAAGUUGGUGAUGUGAAGGAAGCCACAGAAGAAGUUUCUGAGUUGAAGAGAAAGUUGGCAGAGCUGGAGAAACUGAAUUCAAGUCUUAGUGAGAGAAUUAAUGCAUUGGAAAGUGUAGACAAUUCAGAGGAGAGAAGAAAAAUGGAAGAUUUGCUCAAGGAAUUGGAAAAUCUAAAGAAGCAAGUAGAUGAUCUUCCCACCAAGGAUGACCUUGAAAAUUUGGAUAUUUAUGUCAAAUGGCCACAACUUGAAGAAGCUUUAAAUGCUAGAAGGAGUCGAGCUCCAUCUGCAAAAUCCAGAGCUUCUACUCCUAAAGCAAGAACUCCCACCCCUCCUCCCCCAAGAACACCAAGUCCCCCUCAUCCGUCCCCUGAGGCACUUGAAGCAUUAAGACAAAUUGGAGAGCUAAUGGACAAACAUGAGGUGCUAAUUGAGCAAGUGGAUUCUUUGGAGGAACAAAUGCCUAAGAAAGCUAACCUUGAGGAUUUGGCUGAACUGAGGAAUAGGCCUGAUGUUCCAGACGACAUUCUUGAACAACUAAAGUGGUUGAAAGAUGGACUUGAUGCAAUAAAUAAAUGGAAAGAGGAGAAAACCAUUCCGGCUGAUCUUGAAUCCCAGUUAACGUCACUGAGAGAAGGACUGGCACUACUCAGCGAUAACAAGCGACAGAUUGAACGAAUGGGAGAGCAACUGCAAAGCCUAAAGAAUGUAUCUGAUAUGCUGAGUUACCACAACGAAAAGCUUCAAAUGAUUCCUGAUGACUUACUCGAUCAACUUAACAAGCUUAAGUACCUGGAAAGAGCAACCAGUCAAAUUAAAGAGUUUAAAGAUCAGUUACCGUCAAAACUACAGCGAAUUGAGGAUCGAUUAAAAGAGGACACAGAACGCGAGGUCAGAACUCUAAGAGAUGGUCUCCGACUUCUCAAUAACCAGCUUGAUAAGUACAAGAAGAUGAAAGAAACGAUUCCUAAAUCUUCGACUUCAAAUGCCGGAAAAGUAAAGGAUGGUGGCGCGCUCAGUGCCUUAAGAAGCAUGUUAACAGAACUUCAAGGAGAACAGGAAAAACUUAACAACACAACAAAGGAGCUUGUAGAGGAACACAACAGGAAACAGAAACAUAUUGAUGCUCUGUACACGUACGCUGACAGACUGCAAGAGGUUAAGGCUGAUAAGGAACAAGUUGCCAUGGAAAUGGACGUGAAAGCGGACAAACGUACACUGGAUAACUUGGUAAAUAGAACCAAAUUUGACCAGAGUAUUGGAAGCUUGGAUCAGUCACUGCAGGAACUCUUGCACAGACUGGAGGGCCAGGAAUCAGCGUUAAGUGAGGCUUUAGCUCGGUUGGCUGGUGAUAUUGAUCAAAAGCUUGACAGGCUGGAACUCGAUCCUCUGAAGGAUUACUUUGAAAAGAGGAUUAAGAGUAUGAAAUGUAAACAUGUUGAUUUACCUCUGUCUGAUGAUCCUGCUGCUGGAUUCCGCAAGGCGUUACUCAGGUUUCACUGUAUUUCCUGUGACAGGCCUGUUGAUAUGAUACCUGGCCAUCCCAAUCCAGCUCUGCCCCAGACUCCUGGUCUGCCUCCAUCUCGGUCGGGGCGUCCUUACACAACUUUUGAACUUGAUCAAAUACGUCAGAUGCAUCGAGGUGGGUACACCUACGAACAAGAAGUAGCCACAACAACAGCCCGAGCAUGUGGUGGAAGUCAUACAGUGACCUUUCCUAACAGAAGGACAGCCAGAUUCAAUCAAUAUUAUUACUACAGAGAGGAUGACACACCAGUACCAAUUCCUCAGAGGGAUGAGACAGAACUGAUUGGUCAAGAUGGACAUAUUUACAAAGGACGUUUUGAAGGAUUGGAUCGAAUGCCUGACUUACCGCCAGGUUCUCAGAACCCCAAAUCUCCUAGAGCAGCGUCGGCCAAGAGAGCUACUAGUCCCCAGCCUCCUCGCAAUGGUAGUGCGACAAGUCGUCGUCCUCGAUCUGCUGCGGUACCAGCGUCACCGAGAAGCCACGAGGAGGAGGUUGAGCCUGCUAGUGUUGUUGUUCAGUAAACAUCAGAUGUAUCGAUGAAACCAGAGACAUCAUGUAAUAAUAAGUCUCACCUUGUGAAGUUGCAUUUAAGGACAGGAAUUGGAGUUCUUUAGAUACUCGUAGUCUUAGUUUGCCUCUUUGAUUGUAAGUUUUAGUGAGAUUUUUAAUGACAUGAACCAUUUGUAAAAAGGAAAAAAAUUCUUUGACACAGUGUUAAUAUAUUAGAUUAUUUAUAAAAUAGCUUGGUCGCGCCACGAAGUUUCAUGAGGUCUCCGUGAGUCAUCUUUGGAGAAGAAGUGACCUGCUAAGAAAAAACGUCGUUUUGAAGAAGUUACAUGUAAGACGCAAUACACAAUGGUUGGAAAUAUUGUGAAUAUUUAUGACGGUUUGAGACGAAAAUGUGGCACAUUUUUCAUUAUUUAACGGCUGCAAAAUCACGCACCAAUCAUAACAUCAAAAUUGCACUAAGUAAUGAAAGUGCACAUGAUCAUUGUAAAUUUAGGAUAAUGCUGAACAACGACAACUUCAUUUGUGAAUUAUCGGGUUAAUCCCGAAUCAAUCACGUGUUAUUAAAAGUUUUAGACCGUCA